AUGGUCGGAGCGCGCCGAGCCCGUUUCCGCGGCGGAGCAGGCGAAACUGGGAUUGGAAGGUCCUCCGAACGGGGAGGCGGGGAGGAGCGACGGUGGAUCAGAGCGGAGCGAUGCGAUGGGGUCGCGGGGAAGGUGGGGAAGGGUGGGGAGGAUGGGGAGGAUGGGGAAAGGUGGGGAGGAUGGGAAGGGUGGGGAGGGUGGGGAGGGAGUGGAAGGUGGGGAGGGUGGGAAUGUACGCUGCUCUCACUCCCUUCCCUUCCACCCGUUCUCCAUGUACCCCGGGCAGAAAAAAAAGAAGGAGUCACAACAGCAGAGGACGUCGAGUUCUUUCUGCGCCGCCGCUUCCCCUCCUGCAAGCUGGAAUACAUCGGCGGGCAGCCCGGGCAGGCGAAAGAAAAAGGCGAGGGAAUCGUGUGGCCCGUGUUUGUGUUCGACCCUUUCGUCAACGACACCGCCUUUGCCUCCAUGCUGCAACCCAUCAAGGGCCUCUCCCCCCCCGCCGCUCCCCCCAAGACGCGGGAAUCGGCAGUGCUCCGCCUGCGCACGUUUAUGUGCAUGCACUCCCACCGUUGGAUCGACAUCCUACGGCUGGAUAUUGCCGGGCUCGAGCUCGAUCUGUGCGAGAAUGCCGCAACAGCAGCAGCAGCAGGAGGAGGGGGAGGGGGGUUAGGAGGGGGAGAUGCGUUCAGCACGAGUGUGGGAGAUCUGACGCAACAUGGUGCUGCAGCAUUGGCCGAGAAGACCCCUGUGGGGCCCACACCAGGGAGCGUUCCUAUUGGCCAGGUGGCGGUGAUGUUCCACGCUGAGCUGGCGGGGAGGGACGGGGCGAAGAGGCGGCAGAAGUGCGAGGAGACGUUUGCGGCGUGGGGGCUGAAGAAGGUGGCAUGUGAUGGGGGAUGGGAGCACCGUGCUGUUUGCUCGCACUGA